AGCGCGCAUGCGCGCGGCCGGGCAGCCUGGGCAGCGGGUCCUGCUAGCAUCGGGCGGCGGUGUUCGGUGCUGCCAGAAACAGCGUCGGCGGCUGCUCCAGACACCGGUGGCGGCGGCGGCGGCGACCCCGCAGCAGGCGCAGAGAUGUGGCCCCUGGUUGCGGCGCUGUUGCUAGCUUCGGCGUCCUGCGGAUCAGCUCAGCUACUAUUUAACAAAACAAAAUCUGUAGAAUAUACCGUGUGCAAUGAGACUAUUGCCAUCCCAUGCUUUGUUAUUAAUAUGGAGGCAGAAAACACAAAUGAAGUGUUCGUGAAGUGGAAAUUUAAAGGAAGAGACAUUUACACCUUUGAUGGAUCUUACAAUCGUUCCACUCACGACUCUGCUUUUAAGACUUCAAGAAUCAACAUCUCAGAAUUGCUAAAAGGAGAUGCCACCUUGAUGAUGCAUCAGAGUAAUGCUGUGGCAGGAAACUACACUUGUGAAGUAACGGUAUUGAGCAGAGAAGGCGAAACAACCGUAGAAGUAAAAUACCGUGUUGAAUCAGCACAGACCAGCAAGAGGCCUUGCCCUGUCCACACCUCUCGAGAAAAUGCCCAAGAUUCUGGACUCGAUGGGGAACAGACUUCCACACCUCGGGUGUCAUGGUUUUCUCCAAAUGAAAAUAUUCUCAUUGUUAUUUUCCCAGUUUUUGCUCUACUUCUGUUUUGGGGACAGUUUGGUAUUAAAACACUUCAAUAUAGAUCCGGUCGUAUGGACGAGAAAACCAUUGGUUUACUUGUUGCUGGACUAUUGGUCACCAUAAUCAUCAUUGUUGGAGCCAUUCUUUUUGUCCCAGGUGAAUAUUCAAUAAAGAAUGCUACUGGACUUGGUUUAAUUGUAACUUCUACAGGAUUAUUAAUAAUACUUAACUACUAUGUGUUUAAAACAGCUUUUGGGAUUACCUCCUUCGUCAUUGCCCUACUGAUUAUUCAAGUGCUGGUCUAUGUACUUGCUGGGGUUGGACUGAGUCUAUGUAUUUCAGCUUGUACACCAGUACACGGCCCUGUCCUGAUUUCAGGUUUGGGUAUCUUUGCUCUAGUACAAUUACUUGGAUUAGUUUAUAUGAAAUUUGUGGCUUCCAAUCAGAAGACCAUACAACCUCCUAGAAAAGCUGUAGAAGAACCCCUUAAUGCAUUUAAAGAAUCAAAAGGAAUGAUGAAUGAUGUGCCUGCCUUGUCAGUGAAUGAGGUUUGAGAAUAACUGAUAUGAAGUGAUGGACUGUGAUUUGAUUGAGAGGAAUACACUUGUGUUUAAGCACCAUGGCCUUGAUUUAUCGUUGGGGAGAAGAAACCAAGCGAAGUAACCAAGAGAAGGUUGUCAUUAUGGGAGAAAAAAGUCCUUGACCCUCAAGUGAUUGUUACAGUUAAAUUUUUAUUCAAAGCAACUGUCAUUUAGUUAAUAAAAGAAUUAUAAUGUGUUGUGUGCCCAAUUAAGAUCCAGUUUUUGUUAUUUUUAUUUAAUUAGGGCCAAAAGUAGAAUGGGCAGCUUCCAAGAAUGAUGCCUUUAAGAUCCUGGGACUUCUGGACUCUAGGUCACCAGUUUAGCUUAGUUCAGGGUGAAAAGUAUGUCACAGUAACCUGGUGGUUAUCCAGAGCUAUCAAUGAAAAACAGUGGCUUCCAUCAAACCUUAGCAAACUCAGGUUCACAACAGCUUUGUCAAUUAUAGAAUAAUUCAGCUAUAUUAUUAGCUGAAUAAUGUGUCUGCCACUUUGGGGCCAAGGGAAGAGUGAAUUAAGUACUGACAGGAAUUUGAUUGGGCACAUGUUGUAUGUUACAUACGCGUGAUGUGGUAUUGAUGGAGAUAGUGGUCUUCAUUCUUGGGGGUUGCCUUUCAUACAUUCCCUGUUCAACAUACAGUGUAAUAAAUCCUUUGCAGAUUUAGGAUACUUUGAUCGACAGAUGUGUUUUUCUUUCAUUCACACAACUCUUUAAACCCUGUCUUGUCCUGCUGUUAUUUGCUUCUGCUGUACAAGAUGUAGCACCUUUUCUCCUCAUUGAACAUGGUCCAGUGACACGGUAACAUCAGUUGCAGGAAGGAGCCAGACUUGUUCUCAGAGCACUAUGUUCACACUUUUCAGCAAAAAUAGCUAUGGUUGUAACAUAUGUAUUCCCUUCCUCUGAUUUGAAGGCAAAAAUCUACAGUGUUUCUUCACUUCUUUUCUGAUCCAAGGCAUGAAAAAGCAAGAUUGAAAUUUGAACUAUGAGUCUCCUGCAUGGCAACAAAACGUGUGUCACCAUCAGGCCACCAGGCCAGCCCUUGAAAGGGUGGUUUUAUUACUGUUGUAUCUGUGUUGCAUGAUGAACACUCAUCACCUUCCUCCUGUAGUCCUGCCUUGUACUCCCCUUCCCCUAAGAUUGAAAAAUAAAACAAACCCACAUUUCCUAUCCCAGUUAGAAGAAAAUUAACGUUCUGACAGUUGUGAUCGCCUCGAGUACUUUUAGACUUUUAGCACUCGUUUUACCUCGUUUGUGGAUGUCUGUUUGUAUGUGCGUAUGUAUAAGAUAGGCACAUGCAUCUUCUAUAUGGACAAAAGUGGGCUACCUACAGGAGAGCAAAGGUUCAUUUUGUGCUUUUAGUAAAAACAUUUAAAAAUAAAGAUCUUUAUUGGCUGGAAUUCUAUUUCAUGCAAAUAUUUGAUCACUUAAAACUUUAAAAAACUUCUAGGACAUUUGUCACGCUUUUUGACUGCUCACCAAUACCCUCUAAAAAUACACAAUUCUUCCUGUUUGUGUAAUAAGACAUCCAUAUUUAUAGUUGCAUUAGUAGUUAUUUCUCAGUCCACUGACUGUUUCCAUGUGCCUCUUUUAUGCUGAAUUAAUCGUCAUAUUUCAUGUUGGGACCAAGUGGUUUGCCCUUGGCAAACCUAAAUUUAUGACCUGCUAAGGCCUCUCCAAAAACUGAAUACACUAGCAAGACUGCUCUUCUUAAAAAUAUAUAUAUAUUUUUUCCCUGAUUAUGUAUCUGUUCAAAAUAUUAGCAUGUGUAGAGGGAGCUGUGUUCCUUUAUACAAAGCUGAUGGCUUGUGCUGAUCUUUUUCCUUCUGAAAAAUUUACAUUUUGGUAAUAUGGUUUGCUACUUUAGAAAUUGGUUUUAAUGAAAGGAGGAAAAAAGCAGAUGGACUUGAAAAAGAUCCAAAUUCCUAUUCUCCAUUAAGAAAAUCAGGUAUGAAAAUCUUUAUAGUAAAAUUUUUUACAAACUAAAAUGUUACCUUUUAAUAUAUCACAAACUCAUUUAUUUGGGGUUUAAUCUUGGGUCUCAUCCAUUCAUUGUGUCUUUAAUGCUGCCUGCCUUUUGAGGCAUUCGCUGCCCCUAGACAGUGCCACCAGAAGUAGCAGGGGGGAUGCCAGAUGAAAUCAACUCUUGCUCAUCCUGGUUGUCAGCUUCUGUGGAUAACCCACCACAGCUGCAGGAGUCCCCUUGCCUGGGUGUCACUGGGCCAGUUCAUUCUUGUUAAAUCAGACUGGUAAUGGCUCCCAAUCUCUGUCACAUCAAAUUUAAAUUGCUAACUAUGUUUUGAGCAUCAUGUUCUUUGUUUGCCCCAUAAUAUGCUCCCUGAUCCCAGUUUUUACUAUCAGCCCUUCCAGUUUUAUUUAGUAUAUGUUCUCAGAGUGACACCCUUUUUCAUUUUCUGGGACAACCCUUCCAGCCUUUUUGGCAAAAUCAAAUUUUUCUUCUCCUUGGAAACAUUCUACUCCAGCCCUGCCCCCAUCCCACUGCACCCCCCUUGCUGGCUCUGCUUAGCAGUCCGUCCCCUCUGGCUGGCUGCCUCUUCAUCCCUCCUCACCUUUCCUGGUACUCUAUGUGUCUAUUCUCAGUUCUCUUGGCUUUUUUGUCUUGAUCCUUCACUUGAUUUUUAACAUCCCUUCCAUAGUGAGCUUUCUUCCCUCCUGUCAUCCUGUAGCAUUUUGCAAACAUUAGAAGAUCAGAACAUCAGUUAGAUCAGUGGUUUUCAACCCUUUUUAUCUUACAGCACACUUGAACCUAUAGUUAAACUUCCACAUAGCACACUUAAAUUAUGUUGAUCCCCAAAACAGAGUAAAUAAAAGAAUAUACUUACUGUGCUUUGAAUUUCUUUAAAAAAUAAUUUUAUUAAUGAUCUUUACAAUUUUUCAUGGCACACCAGUGUGCUACAGCACACCAGUUGAAAAUCACUGAGUUAGAUGAUUGAGAGUUUUCUGUAUUUAAAUUUUUCACCAUUUUUAAUAGGGUGAGCUAGGGAGAUUUGAGGGGUUCUUUUAGGUUUUUUGUUUGUUUUUGUUCUGUUUGAGAAAUUCACAUGUUCUAAAAACUGUAAAAGGUAAUGAUUUUUCACUCGGAAACUCUAGGUCCAUUCUGUUUAAAUUCCUGAAAAUUUUAGAAUUAAAAUAAUGGGGCCAUCCCAUAUUUGGGAGCAUUGCUCUUUUUAGGAUGCUGUCAUCAGUUUAGUAAGUGACCAAAUUGUGAUUUGAGUUAAUAAAACUCAAAAAGUUAUAAGCUUAUUCCUCUCUCUCACUAAUAAAAAUUAAGCUCUAUUAUCACAUGUAGAUUUCCGUGUUUUAAAAAUGGGUAUUCAGAAGUGUGGGUCUGCAGUGUAUGUAUGGAAAUGCACAGCCCUUUAUUUACUUGGUACUGAAAACUGGAGAAGUGAUUGUCGGGCAACCCUUUCUAUUGUAUUUUAUUUGAUUGAGAGGUUUUUUUAAGGAUGUGUCAUAUUUUCAAAAUUACUAACUGCCAUCACCCACUGGAGGUCCUUCGUUAAAUCAUUCUCAGUGGCUAAUAGGGAUAAGCCAGGUAACUUUGAAGAGAUGAGCAGUAAAUGGUGAUAAGGUUUUUCUGGCCUCAGCUUUGCCAGCUUUCCCGUCAAUUUAGCCUUUUGAAAAAAAGAAAGCAUUUGUAAUAAGCUUCUCUGUAAGACAACAUCAGUGGAAUCUUAAAAGUGUUGUUAUCGUGGUUGGCGACAGAGGAAAACAGUUUUUUGUUUUUAUCAAAUGGAGCAUUAUUUACAAAAAAGCCAUUGUUGAGAAUUAGAUCCCACAUUGUAUAAAUAUCCAUUAACCAUUCUAAAUAAAGAGAACUCCAGUGUUGCUAUGUGCAAGAUCCUCACUUGGGGGCUUUUCUGCACAGCGAUUAAAGGUGUACUAUUUGUCAGUAGCCAUUUUUUUGCAGUGAUUUAAAGACCAAAGUUGUUUACAGCUGUGUUACUGUUAGAGGUUUUCUUUUUUUUAAUAUAUGUAUUAAAUCAAUUUAUCCCUGUUUGAAGCUUUGAAUAUCUGCAAUCUUUGCCAAGGUACUUUUUUUAUUUAAAAAACAUAACUUUGUAAAUACUAUACUGUAAUAUUAUAUAUACUUAAUAAAACAUUUUAAGCUA